UGGGAGACCAGAUAUAGUGAGUGCAGGGUCCGGGGAGACCAGAUAUAGUGAAUGCAGGGUCCGGGGAGACCAGAUAUAGUGAAUGCAGGGUCCGGGGAGACCAGAUAUAGUGAAUGCAGGGUCCGGGGAGACCAGAUAUAGUGAAUGCAGGGUCCGGGGAGACCGGAUAUAGUGAAUGCAGGGGUCCGGGGAGACCGGAUAUAGUGAAUGCAGGGUCCGGGAGACCAGAUAUAGUGAAUGCAGGGUCUGGGGAGACCGGAUAUAGUGAAUGCAGGGUCCCAGGGAGACCGGAUAUAGUGAAUGCAGGGUCCGGGGAGACCGGAUAUAGUGAAUGCAGGGUCUGGGGAGACCAGAUACAGUGAAUGCAGGGUCCGGGGAGACCAGAUAUAGUGAAUGCAGGGUCCGGGGAGACCAGAUAUAGUGGAUGCAGGGUCCUGGGAGACCAGAUAUAGUGGAUGCAGGGUUCGUGG